CUUGCACUUGCAGGAGCACCAUCACGCUUUCGCACGCCGACAACCACGCAUUGUCCCCGAUACUCUUACUCGAGCCUGUAUAGACUCGGUGACAUAUUCUCUCACUCGAGCCUGUAUUGACUCGGUGGCAUAAAAUGUCCGUUGAUUACCUCUUGCACGAGAGCCCUGUCGGCUAUGCGGUGUUCAAGGUCGUCCUACAACCCGAUACGAUCGGCAACCGCCUCCAUGAAGUUCAAGCUGCGGUAGGCGACCUCGCAAAAUUCGGCAAAUCCGUGGAGCUCGUUGGUCUUGCGCCAUUCCAGGGCACCCAGGAUGCACUGCAGGAGAUCAACGAUAUCAGCGAGGGCAUACUCUCUGAUUUCUUGAAAGCGACUUUGGAGACAAACCUACCGAAGGCUGGCAAGAAGAAGACGAUCACCUUGGGAGUGAGCGAGAAGAAUCUGGCUGGCAGCAUCAAGGCGGCUUUCCCAAACCUUUCGUGUGAGACGAGUGACACCUCCGAGGUUGUCGCCGAUCUGCUCCGUGGCCUCCGCCAGCACUCAAGCAAGCUCAUCAAGCAGCUCCAGCCCGGAGAUCAGGACAGGGCCGUCCUAGGUCUGGGUCAUGCCUACUCACGAGCUAAGGUGAAGUUCAGCGUCCAUAAAGCCGACUACGCGAUUCUUCAAUCCAUAGCGACACUGGACCAGGUGGACAAAGAUCUUAACCAGUUCUGCAUGCGCCUGCGAGAGAAUUAUGGAUGGCAUUUCCCGGAGCUCUCGAAGAUAGUGGCGUCAAACACUCUAUAUGCCCAGGUUGUUCUUGCGAUUGGCAACAAGUCGCGUCUUACAGAUGACGAUCUCCAUGAUCUUGCGGCUGUUGUGGAUGACGACGAGGGAGUUGCGCAAGCUAUCAUCAAGGCUGCCCGGACCUCUAUGGGUCGAGACCUGUCUGAAGCUGACAUGGAGAUUGUCAUGGCUUUUGCGAAGCGCACAGCGUCACUUGCUGCCUACCGAAAACAGCUUUCCAACUACCUUGGCAAUAGGAUGAACCAGGUGGCCCCUAAUCUGGCCGCACUAAUUGGUGAUACCGUCGGAGCACGUCUUAUCGCCAAGGCCGGAUCUUUGACAAACCUGUCGAAAUACCCUGCCUCGACUGUACAGAUCCUGGGUGCUGAGAAGGCGCUCUUCCGAGCCCUCAAGACAAAGGGCAACACCCCCAAGUACGGCCUGAUCUACCACUCAUCUUUCAUUGGCCGGACCGGCGCCAAGUCCAAGGGCAGGAUAUCCCGGUUCCUGGCCAACAAGUGCUCUAUCGCGUCGAGAAUUGACAACUUCUCUGAUACCCCCACGUCGAAAUUUGGCGAGGCUCUCAAACGCCAGGUUGACGAGAGAAUCGAGUUUUAUGCUUCUGGGGCCCCCCCGGCGAAGAACUCGGCUGUCAUGCAGGCGGCCAUGAACUCUGUAUUAGCAGACAUUGGCCUUGAAGACCCAACUGCUACUGCUGCCGAGGAUGUGGAAAUGGCUGACGGCAUCACAGCGGCCGCUACUGAGCAAGCAGCGCGCAAGGGGAAGAAGGAAAAGAAGUCCAAGCUCGCCAGUGCCGAUGAGACGGUCUCUGACAAGAAGUCGAAGAAGGAUAAGAAGCGGAAACACGGCGAAGAGGAGGACGGCGAGGGCAAGAAGAAGAAGAAGAAGAAGAGCAAGGCGUGAUUGAUAUCCAUAUGCAGUUGAGCUAUGUCUACAUAUGCUUGUUACAUUUUCGUCUUGGCGUUUCACGGGUCGGUGUUACUGGCGUUGAUUGCGCAGAUGAUUUCGCAUGUGAGGGGGAGGGGGGAAGAUUUGCGGGGAUACUCUCAACUUUGCGCACGACAUUGGUACGUACGGUUAGGGAAGAUGGAUCUGCAUGUAUACCUCGAGCUGUUUUAUGGAAAUUACCUCUUCAAAAGCAUAUGAUGAUGUUUGCCAACUCUAGUCCAGCGUGACGUUUUUCUUCUAAUCUGUUCCUGGAUGCGGCUGCGUGCUCUUUGCGGCGAAUGAAACACCCCUGCAAUGAUCGCCCGAGCGCCUGGGUCUCCUCAGCCACAGCCACAUGCAGCUCACCUCAAACCGCAGGAGCGUUGAACCCACAAUUCGAUGGAACAUAUGAUGACCCACCAAG